CUGCAUCGAUUUCUGCAUCUUGCCAUCACUAUAAAGAAGCGGCAUUCUUUUGCAGCAGAAAUUUCGCACACCAGGAAAAUUUUUGGGGAACGUAAUUAGGAUAUAAGUUCCCUGGGCUAUCCCUACGGCGCUGCAGGAACAAGGACACUACGUUGGAAGAGGCGAGAUCGAGUGACCCCCAAGAGGCGUUGAUGGACUAGUCGGGAUCCAAGGACAUUCUCAAUCCAACAACAUGUACAACGGGAUCGGACUAAACACUCCCCGUGGCUCCGGGACCAACGGGCACGUGCAGCGAAAUUGGGCGUUCGUGAGGCCUGGAAAGAAGGACAAGGAUUACCGCGCCGAGGACGACACAAAGAAACUGGACGCCCAGCUUAACCGGCCGCCCAACAAGGAAAUCCUGGACCACGAUCGCAAGCGCAAGAUCGAAGUGAAGUGUCUCGAGUUCGAGGAGAUUCUCGAGAAGCAAGGACGCACACCCGAGGAGAUCAAGUCGCAUGUGGACUCGUUCCGACAGAAGUUGAUGGGCCAAGGCAAAACUGAUCUGGCCAAGGAUGAGUUCGGACGCGUAGCCAACACCACGAUAGCCACAUCAAUGGCCACGGCAGCAGCAGGCUCCACCGUGAGUGCCUCGACAGUGGCCACCGCAACCACAACAACGACGGCGGCCACCACGGUCCAGGUGGUGAAAUUGAAGCAACGCCGCAAGCGACGCAAACGCGCAGGUCACGCAGUGGCCCGCACCUCCAAAGCUGCGCCCCACGCCACUGCCCCCUCGAACCCAGCCAGCAACCCAACCAGUCCCCGCCCGCCCGCCUCCAAAGCCAAAGCCGGGAGCAGCGUGGGCAAGAAGUGCGAGGCCCCCUACUUCCAACACGACAAUCGGAAGUGCCUGACCAAGUACGAGAGCUUCCGGCUCACCGCCACCGCCCACACCCUCAACUACGCGGCCGUGGCCAGGAAGUUCAAGCCAUUGCGGCCGGCGUUGGCAAGCGGCGCCAACAAGACCAGGCGAACAGCAGUUUCCAGAAGGAAUCCCAAGGACUGCGCAUGCGCUUGCCAGCAACAUGAGGGGAUUCUGGACCCGGCACUGGCACCGGCAUUGCCGAUGAUACAAGAGCCCGGCCCGCAGCGAACAGCUGAGCAGUUCAUCCAGCGUGAACUGCCGGCGGCCGGCAGGGUGCUGCUUGAGCUCCUCAAGCACUCCUCGAGCAGCCUGCUGGAAUCCCUGCUGAGCGCCCGUGACACACAUCAGAUAGCCGAGGCACAACAGCAGAAGAACGCCAAGCUGCGCGAGGCCUUCAACAUUUCCGAGUACUUUGUGGAGGGCAGCAGCUUCGACGCCGACCGCAAGGCAAAGGAGGACCUGGCCAAAAGCGUGGCGCUCCAAAAGGAACUGGACGCCCAGCGCGAGAGCCUGGCUGCGGCGGCGGCGGCCGCCCAAGCUGCGGGCAAGGACAAGGAGACGGGCAAGAGGUACGCCCUGGUGCGGACUCCCUCGCGCGAGCGGGAGGGCAGCGAGGCGGCCAAGAACAGCGAGGAUGAGCGCGACCAUGGCUCCAAGUCGGAGAAAAAGAAGCGCAAGAAGCGCGCCAGAGAGAGUUCGGCCAGUCCUGACCGCAAGAAGGACAAGAAGAAGAAGUCUAAGAAGCACAAGAAAGAGAGUAAGGCGAAGAAGAAAAAGUCCCGCAAGCGCCGGCACAGCGAGGGCGACCGGGACAGCGACAAGGACAGCGAGGACGAGGAUCCUGCCAGCAGUGACGAGGAGCGUCGGGCCCGAAAGAAGGCUAAGAAGGACAAGAAAAAGCGCGACAAGAAGUCCCGAAAGAAGUCACACGCCCGUGCCAGCUCCGUGGAUUCGGACCGCUCUAUAUCUCCGUCGCGGAAGGGGAAGAAAUCCGGAAAACACCGAGAAGUAAACAACUCAAAGGCCUGCGAAGCUGUCCCUCAGCAGGGAAAUCCCUUCCGCAGCCGUUCCCGGGAGCGCCGAAAGGACACCAAGUCCCGGCCCAUAGAAUCCUCCGUCGACAGUCGACGACACAAGUCCCGGGAGCGAUCAGCGGCUACCCCGCCGCGCAAAGAACCCGAACGCGGGCGGGAGCACUCGAAAGACAGGCAUCGUUCCAAGGAAAGACAGCGCUCUAAAGAACGACAGAGAUCGAAGGACAGACACAGAUCGAAGGAGAGGCAAAGAUCGAAGGACAGGCAGCGCUCCAGAGAGAAACAUCGGUCCAAGGAUAAGAAGCAGUCUGUGGAGAAGAAGAGGGACAGGUCCAAGGACCGACGGCGGUCGAAGGAACGCGAGCAAAAGCGCUCGGUAGGAAAGGAGCCGGAGCGCUCUAGCCGAAGACGCUCCAUCGAAAAAGACGGUGACCGAAAAAAAUCUGUGGAGAAAGAACGGGACCGCAAGGGAUCCGUGGAAAAGGAGCGUCGUGAACGUAAGAAAUCUCCGGAAAGAGAACGAGAUCGUAAAAGAUCCGUGGAGAAGGAACGUGGCCGGAAAAGAUCCCCCGAGAAGGAACGUGAUCGGAAAAGAUCCCCCGAGAAGGAACGUGAUCGGAAAAGAUCCGCCGAGAAGGAACGGGACCGGAAAAGAUCCGCCGAGAAGGAACGCGAAAAGCCAAAGGUCCGUCCUGCCUCUAAAGAGCGACACCGUUCCAAGGAAAUAAAGAGAAGACGCUCCAAGGACCGCCAGUCGUCUAAUGAUAGACGACGCUCCAAAGACAGGCAGCUUUCCAAAGAGCGCCAAGCCAAGGAUUCUCGGGCCACAAAAUCCUCCAAGGAUCGCAGUCCUACGAAGAAAAAUGAACGGCGACAACGCUCGCCAUCAAACUCUAGCAGGAGGCGAGGCGAUGAGUCCAAGCGAUCUCGGUCGCAAGCUCAUUCUCCAGAGGCGCCUCCUAAAAAAGCACCGGCACCCCCAGCCUUCAACCCAUUCAAAGCGGCCGAGGACACGGUGAACGACAUCCUGGGCACCAAGUCGGUGAUGGUGGCCUUGGAGCAGACAAAGCGCCAACGUGCAGAUUCCAGCUCCAGCUCGGACUCGGGCUCUGAUUCCAGUAGCGACUCCUCUGCCUCCAGGACCCCAUCUCCCAAACGCCCGUCGCCCAAAAAGCAUCGAAAGAAGAGCCACACCCCCGACCCCAAGGAGAUCAAGAAGGAAGCAACGCCCAAGAGGGCUAGCGUGAAAAGGGAACGUUCCAGAUCUCCCUCGAAGUCCAAGCCAAAGAGCAAGGUGGGCACUCCGAGUCCCAAGCCAGCAAGGCGCCGUUCGCGGUCGGCUUCCUCAGAGCUGCGCUACUCGCCAGCGGAAAGGCAUCCAGAGCGCUACCAGGAUAUCAUUGGCCACGACAAGAAAAAGUCCCGUGAUGGCCCCACAGUAAAGCCAACUCCCGUGGUCCGCCUGCGAGCGCAGAGUGACGAUGGCAGCGACAACGAAACCGGUGGCGGGGUGGACGGGGCCGCUCUGGAGGAGUUCCAGCACAGCCGGCGAGAGCGGGAGGAACUGCAGGAGCUGAAGAUGCUGGAGCAACUGAAGUCCGGCAUUGCGGCCAAGGCCAAACAGAAGAUCCGGACCAUGGAGAAGGACCCCUCGGGCCGAGCAGAUGGCAGCGAAGUAAGUGGCAGCGACCCGGUGAUGGCUAACAAACGUAACUCGCUAAACGAAUUCCUUGUUGCUAACAACGUGACCGCUUUGAUUAACCAACCACCCACCAUAGCGGCUGCUCUGCCGCAGAACGUGGCGCCGCGCAAGGAGCAGGCACUGCUGCCAAAUCCAGAGCCUCGGCCACAUCCGGAACGGAAUCAUGUGCCUGUGGAGGAGUCGCCAUUGAAGAAAAGGGACGCCAGCACACCGCCCAUUUGCAAGACGCCCCUGGUGGCGGCGAAUGGCGAGGCCAAGAGUCCGACAGUGCAGGGAUUUGGUCACAAGAUCCACCUGCACCACCACGGUGGCAGACCUCCUCCACAGCACCACCAGCAGAUGCAGCCCGGCGGGAAGCGCAUCUUCCACAACCGAACGCUGAACAAUAAUCCUAACAGUAGACAUAGUACUAACCCUCAUGCAUGUGGUGGUGGUAUUCCCCAUUCGAAUCCCAACAGCAAUAGCAACAGCAGUGGCGGCGGUGCUGGUGGCGGCGAACGCAAUCCGGGAAUGCUGCCCUUCUUGGCGGGCACCCCGGGUACCUACAACCGCACCACUAACCGGCUCAACCACGGUCCCCUGCUAACCGCCACCCACUACAACAUCUGCAAGAACCACCAGCACAGUCUCCAGCAACAGCAGCUGCGCGGACUGGUCUACAAUCCAGCGCUGUUUGGGCACGGCGGGCCGCGCCAUCCUGGCUUGCUGUCGCUGACCGGAGCAGGGGUAGCCGUGGGAGGGCAGGGCGCACCGCUGCUCGGACACCCACCGCGCGGCGGUCCCAUCAGCUUUAACGCGGCGGCUGCGGCAGCGGCUGUUGCCGCCAAUAGUAUUAGCUAUCACCAUCACUCACAUCAGCAUUCGCAUCAACAGAAACCGAAAAUCGUUAUUAAGCCCUUCAAAAUUCACGAUCCACAGCCCCUGGUAGCAGCACUGGCGGACAGCUCUCUGGUGGAUGCCAUCGUCUCCAAGGUGUCCACCGCCACUGUGGCGGCGGCGGAGAGCGCAGCCCGGAGGAGCAGAAGUCGCGAGCGCCGAAGUCGGACACGCAGCCGGAGCCAUAGCCGCAGCAAACGGCACCACCAUCGCUCCUCCAGUCGCUCGAGAUCACGCUACAGCUCCUCCAGCAGUCGCAGUGGCUCGCGCAGCUCCCGCUCCCGCUCCGGCUCGCACUCAUCGCGCUCCAGCUGCUCCUCGCACAGCAGCUCCGGAAGCUCCUCCUCCGGCAGUGGCUCGGCUUCGUCGCAGUCCGGUUCACGUUCCCCCUCAAUACCGAGAAGACGCGGCUCGCCCAGCUUCCUAGACAGAAGACGCAUAACGAGCGCCCGCAAGCGGCCCAUCCCGUAUCACCACAAGGCGGCCGGGGAAGGCGGCGAGCUGGAGGAUGCCUCCAGCUGUUGCUCCAGCUGCUUCAGUCGCGCCAGCAGCCCGGCCACGCCCAUCUGUGCGCCCCUGCGGUCCAGCCGGAGCCCCUCACUGGCAGCCUUCUGAGUGUUAACCGCGUCGCUGCGCAAAAUGUGCGGCGAUCCCCGAGAGUAGUCCUCCCUAAACCAUACCACUGGCAGUUAUCCCCACUCUAAGCCUAAGAUAGUUGUUAUGUCGCAUUGAAUUUGUUUACUCAUUCCACUAGUCCUAAGCUCAUCGCCGCCAACGCAUAUUCCCAUGAAUUUACUAGCGAAAUUGUACUACAUCGUAUAUUCUAGUCACUAACAAUACUCGUUUGUAGGCCUCUGAUCCAUUAUUUGCUAGUUUUAAGCUGCCUUUUAAAUUAAAUACAUCAUUUGUUGCAAUCUA